AUGUCAUCAGAGAUUACACUUGACGACCUUCAUUUGUUCCACAAAAUUGAUAGAGAAGUCUUCACUCGGCUUGUCGUGUGCCUGUCUCGCGAUCCAGGAGAGUCCCUUUUGAUCAUGGCUAUGUGGCUAUGGUUAGAAGAUGUACAUUAUCCAAGCAUAAUAGAGAAAAUGGUGAAGUUACCUGAUGAAAUUGCUAAUAAUUUGGCUGAAGAAGGUGCUACAUGUUUAAAAUGGCUCGAAUCGAAGGUACCCCUGGGGCCUAAUGAUGCAGGGGACAUGCCUUUUACUGCUAUAAUAUUGAAGAGAACAGUUUCAUUCACAACAUUUUACCAACAGAGGUUUACUAUGAUAAGUGGAAUCAAGACAUUCUUGAACAAGGUCUGUGCUAUAAUAUUUGCUGACAUCUUGCAACAUAUCUUGCCUGGACAACAUAUCAUUCCUAUCCCUGGAUUUCCUCAUCCAACAUUUGGUGCAAUAACAGUGGUGCCAAGAUCGCUAGAUUCAAUUAUUCAAAGCAGAGGAUUAUGGGGUUGGUCCGUAAAGAUUGAUGCACCAGUUGACGAUAGGACUAUGUUUUUAACAUUUUCAAGGGGAUUUCCUGUUACUGAAGCAGAAGUGAGGGAACUCUUUAAUUCUUACUAUGGGAUUGAUUGCGUCGAGCACGUUCAUAUGGUGCCAUCGGCUUCUUCAUCAGAUCAUUCUUUGUAUGCUCGAAUGGUAGUGCGUGAUGUUUCAAUCAUUGAUCGGAUUUUGAGCAGAGGUUACAUUGCUAAGUUUAGGGUAAAUGGUAAACAUGUUUGGGCACGAAAGUAUGAACGUAGAGAUCACCUUGAUAAAUUUUAUUAG